CUCAUCUUUCCAAAACCUACAAAAAUUGAAUUGACUUAAGUCAUAAAAUGAUCUAUCGGCGGUAACGUUUAUGAUCUUGUGUGCUUUUAUUUGAAUCGAGUGGUAUUUCAUUUAUAACAACCAUAUUUUUUCUUUGGACGCACAUUAAUUGUAUCUGUUAAUGACGUAAAGUGAAAAAUAACUCUAAAACGCGGUAUAGUACUACUCCAAAAAAUGAACGACUCCUUCUAUUUUUCUGAUCUCAGCGAUGUAAGUGAUAUAAAGAGCAGUAGCAGAAAAGGCAAUGUGAGCAUCAGCGAUGCACUUGCAGAUUUCGAGAGGUUGCGUAUUUCAGCGCUUACUAAGGCCGCUGAAAUUAGUCCUUACGUUAAAGAAGUCACCAUCGGGCCUAACAGCCCAGUAAAAAAAGAAACUUUCAUUGAUGAUCCACGUAAUAAUAACGACAAAGAAAACAAAAAUGAAGAAAACCUGUUAGAAGACAAAAUUCGAGAUGACCUUCGACAGUCGAUGAUUAUAAAAGAAUACGAGACAAAACUACAGGAAAGCUCUGAGGAAUUGUUCAACAAUCUAGUUGAAAAGAUGAUAUCAAAUAGAGCUGAAAGCAUGAGGAAGUAUUGGAUGAAACAGAGCGAAGAGUGCGAGCGCCGAGCCCUUGAACUGAGAGCUAGGAAGCUUCAGAUGUUAAAAGAGCUACAGGAGAAUGACAAUGAGUCAGUACUGGAAAAGGCCCGACUAGAUCAACAGAAGAGUCAAAUGAUUAACCAACAGACCAUUGAGAACAUGAAUAGAAUAUUAGAAGAGCAAAACAGAGCAACAGCUCGAUUUGCAUCCAUCACAGACAGUCAAACAAAAAUUUGCAUCUGCUAUAAUGAAAUCACCACACUCCUGCAGAUAGAAGAACAUGCACAGACUGUAUGCGAAAAAUAUAUAACAUCAAUCAAUGCUGUAAUCAACAGCAUUAAUAGAAUCAUGGAUUUGUGCAAAACAGGCUCUGUUUCAGAUAAUGAUGUAAAACAAGCUGAAUUACUGUACUUAAAUAUAGAAAAUAUUAGAAAGAAAAUAGUUGAUGAACUAAAUGAAAUUCAACAGAGAGAAAAUUUAAAGAAGAAGGAAGAAGAAGAAGCAGCUAGAAGGAAAGAGAUGGAAGAAAAUGCAGCCCAGGAAGCUAAAGAUGCUGAAUUAGCUAAACAAAAACAAAAGUUAUCACAGCAAAUAGUGGGCCCACUAUUUUAUUCUGCAAAAAAUUAUUCUUACUAUCAACAACUUCAACAGUUUCUAGAAAGCUAUGAAGCUCAGUACAAGGAAUUGCUAGAAAAUGUUAAUUUGAAAAAAUUUAGAUUUGAUUGUCAGAAAGCUGUAAAUACUCCUGUAAAUGCUCUAUCCUCUCUAAGUGGAGCACAUAUAAGAGACAAGUUUGACAAAUUGUGUAAGUUACUCAGAGGAGAAAGAGUCCAAGUGCUGGAUAUUUAUGUAGCUGCUACACAACAUCCACAGGGCUUAGCAUAUUGUACUGCAUUGCUAGCCAAGAAGAUAGUAAGACAAGGAGAUCUUCUUGUAUCGAGUAACCCAGAAUCUGCAUUCCCACUAGCAUCAGUAACUGUAGCUCUGUGGUCCCAAUUCCCUGAAUUUGGCAAAUUAUUAGAAGCUUACUUUCAUAGACAAUGUCCUUACCUUGUACCAAUGUUUCUGCCUCAGAAGGAAGGCCAAACAGACAAGGAGUUCUAUCUAUCCAGAGGCUACACAUACAAUGACGAAGGGGUAGUAGAAAAACAAGAUAAAUUUCUAAAAAGGAUGUCAGGAAUUUUCAGACUACGUUGUGCCAUCUGGAUAGCUAAAACACCACGAUUUCUAAACACUGGUAACCCUCAUGGUCCAAGAUAUGGUUGGCAGUGGCUUGCCUCAUUUAUAAAUUUAAAACCAGAGCCAGACAUCAGUGCUACAUUACUCCAUGACUUCUUCCAUGUCUGUGGUUCAGAAUUUUUCAAGUGCUAUGGAAGACAAUUCACAAAGAUAAUAAAACUAAUAAGCACAGAUUACUUGUCUAUUCUACAAAAUAUUGAUGAAGGGGGCCCAAAGACACGACUGGAAGUGUUUCUGCAAAAUGUUCUAAAUACUGGUCACAUACCACCACCAACAGGGAUCCUACCUCCCAACACUUGGUGACAUUCUACUGAUGAUGCUUUAUAUUUUGAUAUUAUUUAUAGAUGUAAUUAUUAAGUAAUUGAAUUAAGAAAAAUAAUGUUACUUUUAUCCUAAUGUUAAGUAUACAGUGGAUUAUAGAAUGCU